GGAUGGGGAGCGGCGGCUCGGCGGGGCGCGGAGCGGCGGCGGCGGCCGAAGGGCCGGGGGGCAUCGAGCAACGCCUGGAGGUGCGGGGAGGACGGCUACCGGCGGCCCUGUGGGCUCAACGGGGGUUACGGAAGCUUUACCUGAGCGGGACGGGGUUGCGGGAACUGCCGGCCGAGCUGGCGGCCCUACGGCACCUCCGUACCUUGGCCCUGGACGGCAACGAGUUGCUGGAGGUGCCCGAGGCCUUGUGCCGCCUGCCCCGCUUGGCCUACCUCUACCUAGGCCGCAACGGGCUGCAGGGGCUGCCGCCCGCCUUCUCCCGCCUGCAGAGCCUGCGCUGCCUCUGGCUGGAGGGCAAUUUCCUCGCCCGCUUCCCCCGAGCCCUCCUGCGCCUGCCCGACCUCCGCAGCCUUCAGCUGGGAGACAACCGCCUGGCCCGCCUGCCCGCCGGGUUGCCUCGCAUGGCGGGUUUGAGGGGGCUCUGGCUCUACGGGAAUCGGUUCGAGGAGUUCCCCGCCGUCCUGCUGCGCAUGGCCCACCUCCGCGUCCUCGACCUGGACCGCAAUCGCAUCGCCUGCUUUCCCGACCUGGCCUGCCUCUCCUCCCUGCGUCUCCUCUCCUACGACCACAACCCCGUCCGGCAGCCGCCUCGCGUGGGGGAUGCCGUUCAGCUGGUGGGCAAUGGGGCGCAGGAGUUCAUGGAGGCGCGGCAGGAACGCCUGCAGAGCCUCCAGCGCCAGGAGGAAGAAGAGGAAGACGAAGGCACCGAGGCCCCACCGGCAGCCCCCGGGGACGGCUCCCCGCUGCUGGAGGAUGGGGAAGGCAGCUUUGCAGCCCUGCCGGGCUCCCCUGGGGAAACGUGAGCUGCCACGCUGCAGCCAGACACCCACAGGGAUGCACCGCAGGGGGAUGGGGAGCCUCCACCGGGCUCCUGAGGACAACCAUCUCCCAGCGAGGACUGGGGAAGAAGGAAGCUCACAGCCUCCACGCAAAGGAAAACAGACGGUCUGAGUACCAGCAUCUCCCAGUCUGGAAGGCAAAGAGCUGCCUCCUGGAUCUGCAGGGCUCGUGGGUCACUGUCAGGAUCCACAAGCCCACCUUAGAGCAUCCCAUGUAACCGCAGGGUGCCUUGGAUGGGGGAAACGGCCCUGUGCCAUGACCGGUGAACCCACAGACCCCGCUUGCCUGCUGGACAGGCCCCGGCGGGCAGCACGGUGCUGCUGACAGCCAGGCGUCCCCACAACGCCUGCCCACGAGCACGGGGACCUUCCUACCACACACUGCAGCUGCCCUGCCACCUCCACGCGUGUCCUUUGCUCCUGGCUCCGUGGGGCAGGACAGGAAAAAGCAAUGCCGUUUGCAUCCAUUCCGCAUGAACCCCAUCACCCUGAAGAGCAGCAAGGUUUGAGAGCAAAAGUACACACAGACCCCUUCUCACCCCUGAGACCCCUGUCCUGCUGCUGGAAUUGGGCUAGGGGAGAGAGAGGUCUGCGCUGGGCUCCUCCAGGCGUCAGGUUUGAGAAGAAGCUGAUGGAAACUCUGCCUGGGCACAAGCGCUGCCCAUCUCAAGCCUGGAAAGGGUUUUGCCUCUGUAUGAGAAGAGGAGGCCCAGCUCUGGCUCUGUCUGCCCCAAAACAGGCACCAAAGCCAGGGCUGCUGCCUUCUCUUUCCUCUUCUCCUCCCUGAGCACCAUCUGUACCAAACUCAAGCAA